CAGUCACCUCCCCUUUCUUUCCAAAAUGCACACAUCUGCUUUCCAAAAUAGACCGCAACUAUUUCUAUUGAUCUGGAAGAAGCUUAUACCAGGCAACCCAUUUAGGAGCAGUUGGAUGAAGAGGAAGGAGAGGGAGAUGCUACUCAUCACAUCAGUGUUGGUCUUAUGGAUGCAAUUGUCACAGGUGAAUGGACAACAAAUAAUGCAAAUUCCUCAGUACCAGCAUGUACAAGAAGGAGAGGACUUCACCACGUACUGCAAUUUCUCAACUACUUUAAACAAUAUACAGUGGUAUAAGCAAAGGCCUGGGGGACAUCCUGUUUUUUUGAUAAUGUUAGUGAAGAGUGGAGAAGUGAAGAAGCAGAAAAGACUGACAUUUCAGUCUGGAGAAGCAAAAAAGAACAGCUCCCUGCACAUCACAGCCACCCAGACUACAGAUGUAGGAACCUACUUCUGCGCAGGGCACAGUGCUCCCCAAGCACCUGCUGCCUGUCUCCAAAUCUUGCCCUGGGUCUUCAGGAGCAGAUCAUCCUACUCUCCCCAAAGAGCAGGAGCCAGAGAAAGCCAAAGUCACAAUGUCUGUGAGGAUAUCGAGCAACUCCUCCCCACGGCAGCAGGAAUGCAUAUAGAAAAUCACUCUGUUAAGACCUGGAAGCGUUUAGCAGUUUUAUUUCCUAAAACUUAACUACCGGUUUUCUUCUACACAGGAGUCUCAAAGAAUUCGAAUUGUCUUAGGAAGAAUCGUUGGAUUUUAACAAUUUGUGAUACAGAUAUUUAUAUAAAAAGUCUGAGUUCAUCUUUCAGUGCAGUGGUCCCCAACAUUUUUGGCACCAGGGACCAGUUUUGUUGAAGACAGUUUUUCCACGGAGCAGGGUGGGGAAUGGUUUAGGGAUCCCCCUAACCGUGAGGGAAACUGUUUACCUCAGAUCAUCAGGCAUUAGUUAGAUUCUCAUAAGGAGAGAGCAGCCUAGAUCCCUCGCAUGCGCAGUUCACAAUAGGCUUCGGGCUCCUGUGAGAAUCUAAUGCUGCUGCUGAUCUCACAGGAGGCGAAUCUCAGGCAAUAAUGCUCACCUGCCGCUCACUUCCUGCUCUGCGGCCAGGUUCCUAACAGGCCACAGAAGGUUACGGAUUCCCCGCCGCCGAGGGUUUGGGACCCCUGUUUGGGUGGUAGCAGAGGUUUCCAAGCAGUUUCUUUAAGGUUUUAGCUCAAUUGUAUUGUGGAAGAUUUGAAAAUUAAACAUUUUUCAUUACGUACACGCAACUUAAAAGUUUACGACCAACUCCCUGAAGAGUCACCUCUGUAGAACUCAUCUGCUUCAAUGCAAUGCAGUCCAACAUAGCAUAAAGAUUAUGCGUGCGGUAACCACCUUUCCAGAGAACUGAGUGAAGACAGCUCUUUUUAAAAUGAGGAGUUUAGACGAAACUAGAAGGUGACCCAUGAAGAGAUUUAGGCAUGGUCUCUUUUUCACUCUUCUGACUGCAAUUAUAUUCCCCAAGCCCAGAUGAAGCUGAUGAUUCAAGUUCUGGUAGCCAUGUUCAUUGGUCUAACUACGGGGAAAUGUUAGCCACAGAUUUCAAAGGGUGUUCACUGAUUUGAUUAAUUACUUUAUUUCUCAGUACUUAGCAAAGAUUUUUCUCCUGGGAAAGAGAGGAUAAAAAAUACAACUGUAUUGGAGAGUUUAAACAUUAAAAUCAAGUGAUAUUGGUCAGCUAAAUGGUCAAAUAAAGUUUUCGCACCUUUCUAAUAAAACAUUUUGUAGCCAUAAAAUUGUUGUGAUGAAAAUGUUGUGACAUAAGAGUUAAUUUAAUUUAUCAAAUGAACAAAGUCAAAUACAAAAUAGUAGUAUGACACUUAUAAAACAAAAUAACAUGUAUAUAGAAAAAUAUGGCUGGGAGCACACACAUGUUUAGGUUAAUUUCUAAGAGCACUAUAAUUAUUUAAUAGUUGUUUUCAUCCAUUAUAACAUUUCCAAGGCUAUUUCAGAGU